CGGCGGCAGCGCGUACGGCCCGGGCAGCGCGGGGCGGCCGCGCCGAGCGGGACCCCGCUUGGAGUACUGGGCAGCGGCACCUCGCAGGGCGGGGAGGGUCCCCUGCUGCACACGGGGACUCCGUACGGUGCCAGCACGCGUCCCUACCCCAAGGAUCCAUCAGCAACAAACUGACACUCCAAGGUGCUGGCUAUGGCUGAGGAGAGCACAGCUACUGACCAUGAGCAGCUCCUGAGGAGGGUGCAGGAGCUGGAAGUGGAGGUGAAGCGGCUGCAGGAGAAGCUCCAGGAGGACAAGGAGGGUUCUGGGAGGAGAGAGGCUCCUCCAGCCUCUGGGAAAGCCAGGAAACGCCAACAACGGCCCUUUGAUUUCGGUGCCCACAGCCGCAGACACGUGGCACUGCGCAUCGCCUACCUGGGCUGGGGCUACCAGGGCUUUGCCAGCCAGGAGAACACCCCCAACACCAUCGAGGAGAAACUCUUUGAAGCCCUGAAGAAGACCCGGCUGGUGGACGACAGACAGACGUCCAACUACCACCGCUGCGGGCGCACGGACAAGGGUGUCAGUGCCUUUGGGCAGGUGAUCUCCCUGGAUCUCCGCUCCAGCCUGCCAGAGGGGCAGCAGGAGGAACUCCGCUACACCCACAUCCUCAACAGGGUGCUGCCACCCGACAUCCGGGUGCUGGCCUGGGCCCCCGUGGGGCCAGAGUUCAGCGCCCGUUUCAGCUGCCUGAGCCGCACGUACCGCUACUUCUUCCCCUGCGCCCAGCUGGACGUGGCGCUCAUGGACACCGCGGCCCAGCGCUAUGUGGGCACCCACGACUUCCGCAACCUCUGCAAGAUGGACGUGGCCAACGGGGUGCUCAACUUCCAGAGGACGAUCCUCAGUGCCAGAGUGACCUGGGUGGACAGGGGAGGAGAAGCCAGGCCACGGGAUCCCUUCCGGCUGUGCCAGUUCGAGGUGACAGGACAGGCGUUCCUGUACCACCAAGUGCGCUGCAUGAUGGCCGUGCUCUUCCUCAUUGGCCAGGGCAUGGAGAGCCCGGAUGUCAUUGAUGAGCUGCUGAACGUGGAGAAGAACCCCCGGAAACCACAGUACAGCAUGGCAGUUGAGUUCCCCCUGGUCCUGUAUGACUGCGAGUUCCCAGACCUGCAGUGGCUCUACGACCCAGAGGUGCAAGGCUUCAAUGUGACACACUUGCAGCAGCUCUGGGCCAGCCACGCCGUCAAAACCCACGUGCUCCGGGACAUGUUGGCAGGCCUGGAUGCUGCUCCCGUGGCCACCAGAAAUGCUCCAGAGAGCAGCCUGGUGCCCUGGGGUGAGCUGCAGCCCCCACUCCACAGCCAGAUCAGCGGCUUCGUGGAAGGGGUCCAAGCCCGCACCUACAAGCCCCUGCUGGCCCGGCCCCGAUGCGAGGGGCUGGAGGCCCGGAUCGAGCACUUCGUGCGGAGGGGCCGCAUCGAGCCGCCCCAGGGGCCGGGGCUGCCGGGGGCCGGGGAGCCCCCCGAGGGCAAGCGGGGCAGCAGCGGAGCCCCCGAGCAGCUGCCCAAGAGGAUCUGUAUGGACACCGAGUGACGGGGCACGUCGGCACGGGGGCAGCAGACGCUUCGCCCCUUUUUUUAAAUUACUGCAGUUGAAAAAAAAAGUGGUUUUUUAGUGCUAUUUUUUAUAAAUCUCAAGAAAACCAGCGUAGCGGAGUUGUGUUCUGGU